AUGGAUGAAUUUUCUGGUUAUGAUGGUAUAAUACUCGAGUUACCUCUCGUCAUACAUGCUUCCGCAGCGAGGCUUCUGCUCGACCUAGAGGUUGAACCACCAUUUGGGAACCUUUUGGUGUUAUCAUCUUCAUUUCAUGAGUUUUUGGGGAGGAAAUGGAACAAAGUUACUUCAAGUCUUUUACGACCGCUCGUAUAUGAACCUGUACGACGUAUUACUAAACAAGGUUGGGGUAUAAUGCAUGAGUUAAUGGUCUUCUAUAUCAUCCGUAAACAACCCUGUGGGCGUCAACUGGUUUUCUUUAUGUUACAGGGGGUUGGUACGUCUGUUGAGAUUUACUGGAGGAGAUCUUUGAAUGGGAAGUGGCGGUUCAAUCGGUUGGCUUCGCAACUUAUCCUUCCUAUAAGUUUUAUAUCGUUAUCAUUUUACUUGAUACAACCUUCGCUUGAGAAGGUUAGGGUUGACCUCAUGGUAGGUGAGGAGAUUGCUAAUCUCACCAAGCUUCUUAAGGAUGUACUAGUGAGCUGA